AUGGCCCAGGGCCCAGCCCAUGUGGAUGGCCCUUCAUCCCAGAAAUGCUAUCCCCACUGUGUUCCAGGCAAGGAGUUCCCUGCCAUGGGGACGGGGCCCUGGGACUUAUCUGCCACCGAGGCAGAUAGGCCCAGCUGGUUCCUCCUGGCUGGAUGGCAGGGCAAAGCUCGAGAAGAGCUGCAGGCCAGCAGGAAGACCAAGAAGAAGGAAGGGGGGGGCCUUCGGGCCCAGAGAGCAUCAUCCAACGUCUUUUCCAACUUCGAGCAGACCCAGAUCCAGGAGUUCAAGGAGGCAUUCACACUGAUGGAUCAGAACCGAGAUGGCUUUAUUGACAAGGAGGAUCUGAAGGACACCUAUGCCUCCCUGGGCAAAACCAACGUCAAGGAUGAUGAGUUGGAUGCCAUGCUCAAGGAGGCCUCGGGACCCAUCAACUUCACCAUGUUCCUGAAUAUGUUUGGGGCGAAGCUGACGGGUACGGAUGCCGAAGAGACCAUCCUGAAUGCCUUCAAGAUGCUGGAUCCUGAAGGCAAAGGCAGCAUCAACAAGGACUACAUCAAGCGGCUGUUGAUGUCUCAGGCAGACAAGAUGACCGCUGAAGAGGUUGACCAGAUGUUCCAGUUUGCCACCAUCGAUGCUGCAGGCAACCUGGACUACAAGGCACUGAGCUACGUGCUCACCCACGGGGAGGAGAAGGAGGAGUGA